AUGCCAGCAUUGAAGAUCCCACUUUUCAAAAUGAAGGACAUGAUACUGAUCUUGUGCCUCCUGAAAAUGAGUUCUGCAGUGCCGCUGUUUCCUCAGAAACCUAGGACACCAGGCAUGGCUAGUUUGAGCCUUGAGACAAUGAGACAGUUGGGAAGUUUGCAGGGAUUAAACAUGCUUUCUCAGUAUUCAAGAUUUGGCUUUGGGAAAUCAUUUAAUUCUUUGUGGAUGCAUGGUCUCCUCCCACCACAUUCCUCUUUCCUGUGGAUGAGACCAAGGGAACAUGAAACUCAACAGUAUGAAUAUUCUUUGCCUGUGCAUCCCCCACCUCUCCCAUCGCAGCCAUCCCUGCAGCCUCCACAGCCAGGACAGAAACCUUUCCUCCAGCCCACCACUGUAACCUCCAUCCAGAACACAGUCCAGAAGGGAAUACCUCAGCCUCCAAUUUACCCGGGACAGCCACCCUUGCAGCAAUCAGAGGGGCCAAUGAUUCAACAGGUGGCACCAUCAGAAAAGCCACCAAAGACCAAGUUGCCAGGAAUGAAUUUUGCUGAUCCACAAGAUCCAUCGAUGUUUCCAAUAGCCCGUUUGAUAUCUCGGGGACCGGUGCCACAAAAUAAACCACCUCCACUUUAUCCAGGAAUAUUUUACAUGUCCUAUGGAGCAAAUCAAUUGAACGCUCCUGCCAGACUUGGCAUCAUGAGCUCAGAAGAAAUGGCUGGAGGAAUAGGAGGCCCCAUGGCCUAUGGAGCCAUGUUCCCAGGAUUUGGAGGCAUGAGGCCCGGCCUUAGAGGGAUGCCCCCCAAUCCAGCCAUGGGCGGGGACUUUACUCUGGAAUUUGACUCCCCAGUCGCUGGAACCAAAGGCCCAGAGAAGGGAGAAGGAGGUGCACAAGACCCCCCUGUGCCGGAGGCCAACCCAGCCGAUCCGGAAAACCCAGCACUCCUUUCAGAGCUAGCACCUGGUGCCCUCGGAGGGCUUCUUGCUAAUCCUAAAGGCAAUAUCCCCAACCUAGCAAGAGGUCCUGCAGGGCAGAGCAGGGGACCCCUCAGGGUCACCCUAGCAGCCGCAGACCCACUGAUGACCCCUGGAUUAGCUGAUGUUUAUGAGACCUACAGUGCUGAUGAGACCACAACUCUGGGUCUCCAGGAAGAAACCACCGUGGAUUCCACAGUGACCCCUGACAGUCAGCACACAUCAAUGCCAGGAAACAAGGCCCAGCAGCCCCAGAUUAAGCAUGAUGCAUGGCAUUUCCAAGAGCCCUGA